GACGUCGGCGUGAUGUCGGGAAUUCCUCUCCCAGCGGAGCUCCGAUAGUCGGUGAAACGGAGCUUCGGAAGGAAGUGGCACGUACUGUAUCCACGUGAGACGGGCGGAUAAGUUGAUAAUGUUUUCCAGGCCGCUCUUCCAUCCUCCCGCAUCAGACGCCGCAACCUCUUUCUCUGCCUGCACCUUCAGCGAGCCGGAAGAUGAGUUUCAGUGUGCUCCCCUCGCGUCUCUGAGCAAAAAGCUAGUAAACUAGCAAACAUGGUCAUUCUCAUUCGCAUUGGAUGUGCGUAAACACAACAUCUGAGAAUUGUGACCCCAGCCAGCCCAACAUUCACGGUCCGCCAUGUUUCCCGACGCCUUAGAAGCAGCUGGGCGGAUGGACGGCCUGUCCAUGGCCUCCCUCCAGCCCGAGGAAGAGGAGGAGGAAGCAGAGGUGGUUGUGGAGAGAGGGCCGAAAAAACGCGGCCGCUACCGGAAAAGCAUACAGCUACUGAAACCCUUCAGGAUAACACAAAAACACCAGCACCCGGUGGACAACGCCGGGUUCUUCUCUUUCAUGACGCUGCACUGGCUCUCGCCGCUGGUCGUGAGAGCCUACAAGACGUCCAGCUUGUCCAUAAAUGACGUGUGGGGGCUGUCCUGCCAUGAAGCCUCUGAAAUCAACUGCCAAAGGCUUGAAUCGCUGUGGCACGACGAGCUAAAAACACGAGGGCGUGAAGGGGCGUCCCUGACGAGAGUCUUUAUGAGAUUCUGCCAAACCCGAAUGCUGGUGGCCAUCUUUGCCCUCCUUCUCACAAUGGUGGCAGGCUUUGUCGGGCCUGCACUACUGGUUCGAGCCCUACUGGAAUAUUCCCAGAGCUCCGAACGUUGCGUGAAAUACGGCCUCUGCUUGGUUGCCGGGAUCUUCGCUAUGGAACUGAUGCGCUCCUGGUCUCUGGCGCUCAUGUGGGCCGUCAACUAUCGCACAGCAGCUCGCCUCCGCGGGGCGGCUCUCACGUUCGCCUUCAACAGGAUCCUCCGCCUACGCAGCACCAAAGACAUUAGUCCCGGGGAGCUAAUCAACAUCUGCUCCAGUGAUGGCCAGCGUCUCUAUGAGGCUGUCUCUGUGGGCUGCCUGCUGGCUGGGGGGCCCCUGGUGGGCAUCCUUGGUCUGACCUACACCAUUUACUUCUUAGGUCCCACCGCUUUAAUUGGAUCAGCCAUUUUCAUCAUCUUCUAUCCCGCUAUGAUGCUCGCGUCAAGGCUGACAGCAUAUUUCCGCAAAAGGUGUGUGGUGGUAACUGACCAGCGCGUGAGGCUGAUGAACGAGAUCCUGAGCAGCAUGAAGUUCAUCAAGAUGUAUUGUUGGGAAGAUGCCUUCGCGCAGAACAUUCACAAGGUGAGGUUAGAGGAGAGGGGGAUACUGGAAAAAGCUGGUCUCAUCCAGAGCCUCACAGUUGGUGUGGCUCCUAUCGUUGUGGUGAUAGCCAGCGUGUGCACGUUCACCCUGCACAUGGCCCUGGGCUAUGACCUUACUGCAGCAGAGGCAUUCACUGUGGUUACCGUUUUCAACUCCAUGACCUUCGCCCUGAAGGUCACGCCCCUGGCAGUCAGGUCCCUGUCAGAGGGCGCUGUGGCAGUGAAGAGAUUCCAGAGACUUUUUACGAUGGAGACCCGACAAGCUGUGUUGAUCAAAAUGCAAGACCCUUGCAAUGUGGUGGAAUUCCAGGACGCCACACUAGCGUGGGAAAAAGCGCGAACCCCGGCAACCAAGCCUAACCCACCCCCCAAGAAGCAGUGUGGGGGGAUGAAACGUAUGCUGCGGCGGGAGAGGCUCAGCCUCUACAUCGCCACGGAUGACAGCAAAGAACACAAGGAGAACCUCAACGCCCUGAGUCUCCUCACCAACAUGGAGCAGGAAAGUCCACAAAGUACUAUCUCCUCCACGAAAAGCAUCCGGCCACCACUACACAAGACGCUGUACCGUAUUGACCUGCGUAUUAAGAGGGGUUCAUUGGUCGGGAUCUGUGGUGGUGUUGGAAGUGGAAAGAGUUCUCUUCUCACAGCACUACUGGGACAAAUGACCCUUUUAGAAGGAAAUGUCGCGGCCAGUGGAGGCUUCGCUUUUGUGUCCCAACAAGCUUGGAUCCUCAAUGACUCCCUGAAAGAAAACAUCCUCUUUGGGAAGGAGUUUGAGCAAAACAAAUAUGAUGCUGUUUUGGAGGCAUGCUGCCUCCUCCCAGAUCUUGCAGAGCUGCCUUAUGGAGACAUGACAGAGAUAGGAGAAAGAGGAGCAAAUCUGAGCGGGGGUCAGCGUCAAAGAGUGAACCUGGCCCGGGCGCUCUACAGCGAGCGCCCCAUACUCCUCCUGGAUGACCCUCUCAGCGCUGUAGAUGCGUGCGUGGGUGCUCACAUCUUCAAAAAGGCAAUACUGGCAGCGGCCAAAGGCAAGACUGUGCUCUUUGUGACCCACCAGCUGCAGUACCUGCCAGAAUGCGAUGAUAUUAUCCUCAUGAAGGACGGGCAGAUAGCCGAGCACGGCACUCAUGCUCAGUUAAUGGCCAAGGAGCGUGACUACGCUUCUCUGUUCAGCAGUAUGCAACAGGAGAGUCUGGUGAGAGAAAAUUUUAAAAACAAACAGCAUAAGGUGACUGCAGUAAACGUUUGCCAUGUUGAGGAAAUAACUGAGGUCCACCAAAAGCCACCGGGCCAAAAAGACCAACUAAUGAAAGCUGAAGAGAAGGGUUCCGGCGCUGUUUCUUUUGCCGUGUACGGCACCUACAUCAGAGCAGCAGGAGGUCCAGUGAUUUUCAUUCUCAACAUCAUCUUCUUUCUUAGCACCACCGGCAGCAUCGCCUUCAGCAACUGGUGGCUGAGUCAUUGGAUUAGGCAAGGCAGCGGGAACGCUUCAUUAAUCUCAGCAAAUGAGACGUUGGUGAAGGACAGCAUGAGGCUCAACCCUCACAUUCAGUUCUAUUCGACCGUUUACAUCAUCUCCAUGGGCACCGCUUUGUUUCUCAAAACCAUUCGAGGCCUGGUGUUUGUGAAGUGCACAGUGAAGGCGGCUUCCGUGCUCCACGACAAUCUGUUCCACCGACUCCUCCGCAGCCCCAUGCGCUUUUUUGACACCACGCCUCUGGGCCGCAUACUGACCAGAUUCUCCAAGGACAUGGAUGAGGUUGAUGUGCGUCUGACCAUGCAAGCUGAGAUGCUGCUGCAGAACCUCACUCUGGUGCUGUUCUGCCUGGCAAUGGUUGGUAUCGUCUUUCCCUGGUUCCUCAUCUCCAUCCUGCCCCUGGGAGCCUUCCUAUGCCUUGUCAACCGUGUCUGCAGGGUUUUGAUUCGUGAGCUGAAACGGCUGGAGAACAUCAGCCAGUCGCCAUUCACCUCUCACAUCACCAGCAGCCUCCAGGGCCUCUCCAUCAUUCACGCCUAUGGAAGGAAGCGUGACUUCCUCCAACGAUAUCAGGAAUUGCUGGACAAUAACCAGGCCUCCAACUACCUCUUUAGCUGCGCUAUGCGUUGGCUGGCCGUCCGCCUCGACCUCAUUAGCAUCUUGCUCAUCUCCGCCGUCGCUCUCAUGAUUGUCUUCAUGCACCAGCAGAUACCUCCCGCCUAUGCGGGCCUGGCCAUGUCGUAUGCGGUGCAGCUGACUGGCCUGUUUCAGUUCACUGUCAGGCUCCUCACAGAGACCGAAGCUCGCUUCACAUCAGUAGAGAGAAUUAAUCACUAUAUAAAGUCUCUAGAAAGUGAAGCACCAUGCAAAAGUCAGUCAAACACUCCCGCCCUCUCCUGGCCUGAGCAAGGAAAGAUCACCUUUCACAACGUGGACAUGCGUUACCGCGACGGCCUGCCCUUGGUGCUGAAGGGUCUGUCCUUCACCGUCCAGCCAGGAGAGACCAUCGGCAUCGUGGGCCGCACCGGGUCAGGGAAGUCCUCUCUGGGUCUGGCUCUAUUCAGACUUGUGGAGCUGACGAGUGGCUCCAUCACCAUUGACGCAGUCAAUAUUGCCCGAAUCGGCCUGGACGACCUGCGGAGCAAACUUGCCAUCAUCCCUCAAGAGCCCGUGCUCUUCAUUGGCACUGUCAGGACCAAUUUAGACCCAUGGGACCAGUACUCCGACUCGCAGAUCUGGGAAGCACUAGAGAAGACACAUAUCAAAGAGAUGGUGAGCCAGUUGCCUCACUCCCUCCAUUCCGAGGUGACGGAGAACGGCGAGAACUUCUCGGUGGGCGAGCGCCAGCUCUUCUGCGUGGCCAGAGCGCUGCUGCGGAACAGCAAGGUCCUCAUGCUGGACGAGGCAACGGCGGCCAUCGACACUGAGACCGACGCCCUGAUCCAGGAGACCAUCCGCUGCGAAUUUGGCAGCUGCACGCGGCUCAUCAUCGCCCAUCGUCUCAACACCGUAAUGAACUGCAGCAAGGUCAUGGUCAUGGACAACGGCCAGAUUUUGGAGUUCGAUCAUCCCCUGACCUUGCUUUCAAACGAAAACUCCAGAUUCAGAAACAUGAUCGAGGUGUCCUUAAACCAAAGCAAAUGAAAACCUGAAAAUGUUGCAUGCUAUGCACAAAGAAAAAUACAACUCAAUGAUCCUUAAGGGGCUUAAAAACAAAAAAAGACAAAUACAUAUGGUAGAUUGUUAUAGUAGCAAUGACAAUGUGACCGAUGACAAAAACCAAAGAUCCUGGGUUCAUGUUUCUCUGAACAGCAUUGCACGGUACAAAUGACUGUUUUACACCUGCAAGCCAAAUGCUACACUGCAAAUGAAACAGAGCAAGAACUCUGUCGAAAGCACUUUAUUAAAUUUAUGUUGACACGUUUCUUUUUGGUCCUCUGCCUCCAAGAGGAUCGCUACCUAGUUCUUUUCACAGUGUAGGAAUUUAACCUUCAAACAUGAUGAUGUCGGUAGCGAUUGUUUUCAGUUUAGUUCAUGUAAAAUUAUAUAUUCAGGAACCAUAUUUAUGAGGCACUUAAGUCACGUGCAAGGUUUUUCUCAGCUGUUUUAAUAUGUGCCUAGAGCUGCGCAAAGGUACACUUUGCAAUUAACCAUGUCGUUUAACACUGCAUAUCGGUACUGUUACGCUCAAACUGUUCCUCUUAAUCUUGAUGCUGGAAUUGAAAUUAUGCACCUAUUGUUUGUAAGGCCACUGGUUGGUACAGUGUAUCUACCUGUAGCUAAGUCAAUGUGUCUUCACAAAAGCUGAAGAUUGUUGUUGUCUGCCUUAUACUGUAUGAUCGCGCUAAACAAUCACGAGUGCAAUAUGAUUGAGUGCAUUGCUGCAUUUUCCAGAUUGCCUUUUGUACACAGUUUAAAUUUAUAAUGUGUAGAUUUUGUAAAUGGUUGAGUUUAAGAGGAAUUGUUUUCUUUUGUUUGCCAAUAAAAAAAAUAUUGUAUGAUUUUCAA